AUGGUCGUUUGGGCCGGCCACUGUCAUACUUCUAGAUGUAUUUGCGAUUUCUUGAAAAAAGAACUGAAUUUUGCUGUGGAGCCUUAUCAGUCACCUCGACAUGGCGUUCGCCCUCGCGCCACCCGCAAGCCAAGCAAUGUCGCGUACCAAGGCGAGAUAUGCAACCGCCCCUAUACUUUCACAAUUUUCAUCAGCUUAUGA